AGAACCAACCAUACCACUCGCGCGCGUACGUCUCCGCUUCGCGCCUCUUCUUCUCCUCGAUCUCGAUCAUCUCCACCGCCGGCGAGAUGUUGGGGGAGCUCAUCUCCAAGAUCCUCCUGGUGCUGUUCGGGUACGCCAUGCCUGCGUUCGAGUGCUUCAAGACGCUGGAGACGCGGCCUGACGACGCCACCAUGCUCCGUUUCUGGUGCCAGUACUGGAUCAUAGUAUCCAUGGUGAUAGCUUGUGAGAGCUUCGUCUCAUGGAUGCCAAUGUAUGGAGAAAUUAAGCUAGCUUUCUUUGUUUAUCUGUGGUACCCCAAAACGAAGGGUAGUGAUGUCGUGUAUGACUCCUUCAUUCGGCCUACAGUGAUGCAAUAUGAACCAAAUAUUGAGCAAAGGUUGGAGCAUCUGAGAGCUAACUCUGGCCAGCUGAUAGCAUUCUACAUCAAGAAUUUUGCUGACAAAGGGACAGCUUUCUUCAUGGACUUCCUGCGUUAUGUUGUUUCUGAGAGACCUGAAGCAUCAAAUUCAGAGCAGCAGAGGAGCAGUUGGUCGAGCUGGAACCCAUUCGCCAGCCGCCGCCGGGAGCCGUCUCCGCCGCCGAGGGAGCGCAGGUUCAGCGGCUCCGACCCCGACGACGCGCCGCCGCCGCCGGCCAUCGCCGACGUCCUGCGCGCUUCCCUCGGCGGCGCCAUGCCCCGGCGACCGCACAACAACAAUUAACGUCAUGCAUUAACAAAACGCAAAAUUUAAUCCAGCAAUGCUUGCAAGCGCCGCCACCCAUUCCAGAUGGUGACUCGUUGUAAAUACUAAAAUAAUACUACUAUUAGUAGUACAAUGGAUCAAACCCUAAAGAAAAUGCAAUACGAAUGAGAAAAAAAAAAAGGAAGAGAAGAAGAAAAAAUACAGAGAAGAUGGGCACAAUCUAGUCCAAUGUGGAAUGAAUCAAUGAUGGAACAGUCAUGUCUGAACUAGCUAGGAAGCAGUGGUGUGAUUGUAAGAAAGAAAUGCCUCUUUUUUUUUUUCUUUUGGAUGCGUGUUGUUUUUGCUUGGCAUUGUUGAUUACUGCACCAAUAAUGCAUGGAGUCAUGAUGAGUUUCACAAAUGCACUCAUGUUAACUAAUCAGAUUUAGUAGCAUGCAAGUCUUUUUUUUUUCCCUCUUGUUGCUAGCAAUUAUAAUUAUAACAUGUAUUUUGCUUUUCUGAAAUGAAUGUAUCAUA